AUGUUUCACGCACAUAUUUUUAUUACAUUUUUGUGCAGAUGGUCACCUGUCUGUUUAAUUCUGUUUCUACUUGCUCUUCUUCUUCUUGGUGCAGGCAUUGCUGCAAUGCUUGUCGCCUUGAUUGGUAUCCCCAAAACGACAACAGCAACGACAACGGCAACAGCAACGACAACGACAACAACAACGACAACAACAACGACAACGACAACAACAACGACAACAACAACGACAACGACAACGACAACGACAACGACAGCGACCCCACUGCUCAACAUAACAUCUGACGCUGAUCCUAUCUUCGGUCUCUGUAACACUACAGCUGGUAGCGCCAGUCAGUUCUCAUCCAUAGGUGUAUCAAGCUGCCAGUAUACUUCGGGCGAAGAACCAAUCAAUGCUCUUGAUUACGAUACUUCCACAAAGUACGUUAGUUACGGCAAUGGAGGUACUUCAUCAACAGCUGGCGUUAACACCGGCUUCUACAUUCGACCUCGUCAAUAUCCAUCACUAGUGACUAGUUUUCAAUUUGCAACAGGGAGUGAUCACAACACUCGUGAUCCGUUGACAAUGACAUUGGAAGGAACAAAUGCGACGGGAGGUAAUUUAUGGACAUUGAUAUAUAAUGGAGUAACAGGAUGUGCAACAGAUCCAGGACGAUCUGCUUAUUGUCCAAUUCAGAGCGUUACGAAUACUGUGUAUUAUUUGAAUUAUCGAGUCCUGAUUCUAGCGCAACGUGGCACUGAUAAUAGUGUACAGUACAGUGAAAUGCAUUUGUUUGGAUAUCUGUAA